UUAAUGACUGACCAGCUCUCGCCCCCUCCUCUCCUGCCCCACAAGCUCUUCGCAGUCCGGCCAUGGGUCCCACCUCGUUCCCUUUCAUCCUCUCGCUCGCCCUGCUUCUUGCUGCACCCGGCGCUGCCCGGCGUCCCCAAAAACGCCCAGCCCCAGAGAAUCCCAUCGACAAGAUUGCCGUCCAGGCCAACUUCGAUCUUGGCCAGUUUGCUGGGAAAUGGUUCCUGGUCGGGGUGGCCUCGCAAUGCAGCUACUUGAGUGAGAACAGCCACCGGCUUGAAGCAACCAACCUGGUGGUCUCUGUGGGUGGUGCAAGCUCUCAGGGAUCCUUGUUGGUGAGCACCUUCCGCCCGCUGGACGGCGUCUGUUGGAACAUCCAGCAAACCUACUUCCCCACCAAGAUUCCUGGCAGGUUCCUCUUGAAAGGUCGUGGCAGCCCUGUGGACGUGGUGGUGGUGGAAACGGAUUAUAGCAGCUAUGCCAUCGUGUAUUACCAGAAAGCCCGGAAGAUCUCAGCGAAGCUUUAUGGACGAGCCAUCCGGGUGAACGACGCCGUCACGGCUAAAUUUGAGCAGCGUGUGGCUGGCAUAGGCCUGAACGAGGACACGACCUACUACUUCCCUGUCUAUGGGUUUUGCGACUCGGCUGACCAGUUCCACAUCCUCAAUGAUAUCAAGGUGGUGGCGUAAUGGACUAAGACCUGGGAGAGGCCAGGGUUCGAAUC